AUGUCUAAGCCUACCAUCAGCCCGCGCUCGCUUCAAAGCCGCCUCACUCACAUCCUCAAACAAUGGCCCUCUGAUGCGGUCCGCCCAGCUUCAGUCUCUGUCCAGACUUACAUCCAGAGUCGCCUCCAGCCCAGCAAUCAAUCUAGCCCAGCGAUCUCCGAAACCUCCACCAAGGCUCUCGAGGCGCUAUUGAACAACCGUUUCGCGACCCAAUACCCGCUACCGGAGAAGCUGCGCCGGCCAGCAAGCAACCCAGACCAUUAUGACAACGUUGUGCGCGAGUUUGCAGAGGCCCCGAACCGCGAUUGGUUCGGCCGUUUAAAGAAGCGGAUGGCUGGUAUCAUACGGUUGACCUGA